AGAGUCUAGCUAUAAUCGUUAUCCACGUUUUAUCGUCAUCAGUCGAACGGAUAGGACGAAGAAGAAGAAGAAGAGGAAACAACUGUUAGCCCAUUUCGCAGUGGAAGUUGCAGAGCGAGAGAACAAGUUCAAAAAAUGGCGACCAUGUCUGCUCUUCAGAGCUCUUUUACUUCUGUCUCUCUAUCAUCCAACUCCUCCUUCCUCGGCCAGCGUCUCCUUUCCCCGAUUUCCCUCUCCGUCGCUUCUCCGGUCAAGCCCGCCGAGAACCCAUGUCUUGUUCUUGCAAAGCUUAAGCGUUGGGAACGAAAAAAAUGCAAACCAAACAGUCUUCCAAUUCUGCACAAAAUGCAUGUCAAGUUUGGAGACACGGUCAAAGUAAUAUCUGGACGAGACAAGGGUAAAAUUGGAGAGGUCACUAAGAUCUUUACUCACAACAGCACCAUCGUUAUCAAAGAUAUAAACCUCAAGACGAAACACAUGAAGAGCCGAGAAGAAGGAGAACCUGGCCAAAUUGUUAAGAUCGAAGCACCGAUCCACAGCUCAAAUGUGAUGUUGUAUUCAAAAGAAAAGGAGGUGGUAAGCCGGGUGGGUCACAAGCUCCUUGAAGAUGGACAGAAGGUAAGAUAUCUGAUCAAAACAGGGGAACUUAUCGAUACCAUUGAGAAGUGGAAGCAACUUAAGGAGGCAAAGGAUAAAGAAACAACCCAAGUUGCAGUUGCCUCCGCAUCUUAGGCAUCUCACUUGUUUCUUCUUCGUUGCACUUUUGAUUUAUAGACUAAUGGACCUAUGCAUUUGAUGGAUGUAUUGAAUCCCUUUUUAAGGUAAAAGUGUAAAAUUUCUGCCACAUAAACACCUUUUUGCUUCUCUUAGUAAGCGUAGAAUGAUAUUUGGAAACAGGUCAUUUAUUCAAAAUAUAAAAUCCUUA